GGCAUUGGGUAGAUGGGCACACAGCGCUGGCCGUGGCACCAGUAGUGGCGAGUGUGUGAGUGCGUGCGGAAGGUGGCACCUGGCGCCGUCUGUUCUCUCCUCCUCCUCCUCUUCAGAACCACCACUCACGCAGCGCGCACGACUCUCUGCUGCAAGCUCCUGAAGGUCACGGACGUCACGUGACCCUUCAAGAUGUCGCCGGGAAUCUUCAGAUCCGCUUUGGUGACGGGGGUGCUCCUCGCCGCGUCCCUCCUGGUGCUGUACCCCGUCUGCGGUGAAAAUCCCUCAUACUCGGAAUGUAGACCCCACAUUGACGCCACAAUCAGGGACCUCGCGGCUAAGGCCAUCAUCGCGGGAGAAACGCCGUCGGACAACCUGCAACACACUGACCAUGUGGAAGCAGAGAACCCCGAGGAGGGUCCAGUGUCGGCCGAAGUUUCUCCCCCCCCGCAACCCGAGGUGCCCAAGGAACCGCCGGCCGCCGUAGAGCCCGAGCCAGUCGAACCGGAACCUGAACCCGAACCACCGAAGCCUGCAGCCGAAGCGCCAGCGCCGCCACCCGCGCCCGCCGCCCCGGCCGCCCCUGAGCCUCCAGUUGAAGUUCCAGUUUCUGCCCCGGAACCGGCGAAGCCAGUGGAAGCCCAGCCCGCGCCCGUCGCCAGCCCACAGCCCGCCGCCCCACCUGCCCAGCCCGCCGCCCCUGCACCACCUCCACCGAAACCGGCUGUUGCAGAACUUAGUGUCAUCGACAAGCUAAUCAACGUAAUCUUUGGUUUACCCAGGGGAGAGAGGGAUCCCAAGUGGGCGCAGCCUUGGCAGACGCACCCAGAGCAUGCCAAGAAGCCCGUUGAGAAAGCUCCGGAAGUAGAACAAGGACCUGUUGGCCCUUCGGGAGGAAUCAUCGACAAACUUGUUAAACUGAUCUUCCCGACUGUUCCUGCAGCAACAAAGCGUGAUCCCAAGUGGGCCAAACCCUGGCAGACACACCCAGAACAUGCCAAAAAGAAGGUAGAGGUAGCAGAAGAACCUAAGGAAGAUAAGCCUGUAGGUCCUUCUGGAGGACUCAUUGAUAAGUUUGUCAAACUCAUCUUCCAAACUGUCCCUGAAGGCACAGUUCGAGACCCAAAAUGGGCCAAACCAUGGCAGACACACCCUGAACACGCUAAGAAGGUAGAAGUGAAGGCAGCAGAGCCAAAGGAAGAUAAGCCUAUUGGCCCUUCUGGAGGAAUUAUUGACAAGUUUGUCAAGCUAAUCUUCCAGACUGUACCUGAAGGAACAGUUCGAGACCCAAAAUGGGCUAAGCCCUGGCAGACUCACCCUGAACACGCUAAAAAGGUUGUGGAGGCACCGGCGGAACCCAAGGAAGACAAACCCGUUGGUCCCUCUGGAGGAAUCAUCGAUAAGUUGGUCAAACUUAUUUUCCCAACAGUCCCUGAGGGAACAAAGCGCGAUCCUAAAUGGGCUAAACCUUGGCAGACACACCCCGAGCACGCGAAAAAAGUAGUGAAGGUCGUAGAACCAGAGGAGAAGGGACCAAUUGGUGCAUCUGGAGGCAUUAUUGACAAAUUUGUGAAGAUGAUUUUCGAAACUGUCCCUGAAGGUUCAACACGUGACCCUAAGUGGGCCCAGCCAUGGCAGACUCACCCGGAACAUAAGAAAUCUGCUCCUGCACCAGUUGAAACUCCCAAACCACCUGUAGCACCUGAACCAGCUGUUGCUCCUAAGCCAGCUCCAGUCCCAGAACCAGCUCCAGUCCCGAAACCAGCUGCUGCUCCUGAACCAGUCGCUGCUCCUAAACCAGUCGCUGUUCCUGAACCAGUUGUGGCCCCUGAACCGGUUGCAGCUCCUAAAGCAGUUCCUGAACCAGUAGCUGCUCCAGCACCUAAGCCAGUUGAGCCAUCCCCAGCACCUGCCCCAGAAGUGGCCAAGGCACCAGAACCUGCACCUGCGCCAGAAGUGGCCAAGGCACCAGAACCUGCCCCAGAAGUGGUCAAAGCACCGGAACCUGCACCUGAACCUAAACGACCAGUUGAAGAACCUAUUGUAGAGAAGGCCACGUUUCCCGAGGAGAAAGUGGCAGGUGAGCAACUCGUAGAUGAGGAAGAAGCGGAUGAGGACGAGGAUGUGGAGGAAGAUGCUGCGGAAAGCGACGAGGAUGACGAAGAGGAUGAGGAUGAGGAGGAUGAGGUGGAUGAGGAUGAGGAUGAGGAUGGGGAUGAAGAAGUAGACGAAGAGGAAGAUGAGGAACAUGAUGAAGAUGAAGACGAAGAACUCGAAGCAGAAGACGAAGAGGAUGAGGAUGAAGAAGUUGAUGAAGAAGAUGAAGACGAAGAAGGUGAAGAAGAUACAGACGAAGACGAAAGCGAAGACGAAGACGAAGUUGUUGGAAAAGACGAGGAUGAAGAUGAAGAUGAGGAAGAAGAGAAGACAGCUGGAGAACUUGAUGAUGAUGAGGAAGCAGAAACUGACGAAGAUGAUGAGGAAGAUGAAGAUGAAGAGGUAGACGAAGAGGAUGAGGAAGAUGAAGAUGAAGAGGUAGAUGAAGAUGAUGAAGAAGAAGAGGUAGAUGAAGAUGAAGAUGUAGACGAUGAGGACGAGGAAGACGAGGACGAAGAAGAGGAAUUAGCUUCAAAGGAUGUAGACGAAGAAGACGAAGACGAAGAUGAAGAUGAAGAUGAAAUAGAGAAAAAAGUCGAAAAACAUAAUAAAAGAGACGAAGACAAAGACGAAGGAAUCGAAGAGGAACUCGAUGAAGAUGAAGAUGAAGAUGAAGAUGAAGAUGAAGAUGAAGAAUCAGACGAUGACGACGAAGACGACGACGAAGAAGAGGAAGCCAAAGUCGCAGAACCGGCUGACGAAGGGACUGAUGAUGAAGGUUACGAUGAAGAUGACGAUGCUGACGAAGAUGAAGAUUCAGGUGAUGAGAAAGAGGAUGGGGGUGUGGAGACACCUGGGGAGGUGGAUGAACGCGCAGCAGACGCAGGAGUCCCGAGCACCUCAGAGCCUGAAGUUCCAAGUGAGCCUGCAAAGGAAGCCCCAGCUGAUAGUAAACCGCUGGCUGAUGCCCCCGAAGCCCCCAAGAAGCCGGUAUUGGCAGAAGAGACUAAAGAAGAGGCGCCACAGGAGGAGGAGGAGCAGGUAGUGGUGGUCCCCUCUGCCUUCCGCUCCCGCGACCACCUCGAGGCCAUCCUGGGCCUGGACGAGACCUCGAGGGACACGGCGGCGCGCACCGACCCAAUCGCCGAGGCCACGCUCAAGGACCUCAAGAAGAUCUACGAGGCAGCCAUCAAGCCCCUGGAAGGCCUCUACAAGUACCAGGACAUCUCUAACCGCCACGUGUCCGACGCCGAGCUCUUCGGCACGCCGCUCGUCCUUCUCUUGGGCCCCUACUCCACCGGGAAGUCCACCUUCAUCAACUACCUCACAGGCGUCGAGUACACCAAGCGCGCCCUCAAGACAGGGACGCCGCCUAGCCAUGGUGUGUUCCGCAUCAUCCAGUAUGGUGAGAAGGACGCAGAACUCGACGGUACCGACCUGAGCGCCCACUGGUCCUUCACCUCACUGCAGAAGUUUGGACAAAAUUUCAUCGACCAGAUUCAGGGGAAAGCCUUGAGUAGCCCUCUGCUGAAGAAGGUGACCUUCGUGGAAGCUCCAGGCAUUCUCGAGAUGAGACGGCCCGGCGAGCGCCUGUACCCCUACAACGACGUCGUCCAGUGGUUCAUCGACCGCGCUGACCUCAUCCUCGUCAUGUUCGACUACACGAAACUCGACGCCGGCUACGAGAUGGAGGCUAUCCUCGACCAGCUUAAGGGGCGCGAAGCUCAGACACGCAUCCUGCUGAACAAGGCGGACCAGGUGCCGCCCGAGGAGUUGAUCAAGGUCCAGGGCAGCCUCUUCUGGAACCUCAGCCCCCUCCUGGGCGUCUCCACCCCGCCCACCGUCUACGCCGGCUCCUUCGCCUCCAGGCCCUACCGCCCCGCCUCGCCCGCCAAGCUCUUCGAGGCUCAGGAGGAGGCUUUGCUCCACGACAUCGCCCAGGCCAUCAACAACCGCGUGGACAACCGCAUCGCCAUCGCCCGCAGGCACGCGGUUCGUGUGAGGAACCACGCCCAGAUGGUGGACACGUACCUGACCACCUUCUACAUGAACAAGGGCUUCCUCACCAGCAAGCACAAGCUGGCCGAGGACAUCAUCGAGAACCCUCACAACUACAACAUCUACGAGGGCAUGAGUCUCCUCACCAACAUCUCUCGCUACGAUCUGCCCGACCCCGAGGUGUACAGGGACUUCUUUAGGGUCCACAACCUGUACGACUUCCAGAGGCUGAAGGACACAUGCUCCUACUUCCGAGGCUGUCCACUCGCCAAGAUCGACGGCGCCAUCAGCCACAACCUGCCGGAGCUGCUGGACCGCCACCGCCGCCUGACCGAGGCCGCCCAAGGCGGUGCAGGAGGCAAGCCUGCCCCCGUGCCCACCCCGGGAGUCCGAGGCGCCGUGCCCCCCGCUGCCCAUGUCCGGACGUCAUGAGCAGCCCCUCUCUGACGCCCCCGCUGCCUGCGCGUGCCUUCUUAGGCCUGAGGGGGUCAGCACAUGACCAAAGUGUGAUAUUCAAACUGGAGAUGCGACUGCCCACCGAGCCGCCAUGACCCAGCUGAUGUGCAAGGGCGGCCGGGCGGGAGUAGGGCGGGGUCAUCUCAGGUCACGCCCCCGCCGUACCCCCGCGACACUGAUUCUUGAGAAGUAGCAAAAGCGGCUACUUUAACACCUGUAUCAACUUUCCCUACUGGAGACUGCCAUGCUGCUGGCUUUAGUCCUGGCGGAGGCGAGAUCCUCUGGGCGAGGCCGGCAGCAGACCCCUGCAUUCCCAUACAACCAUGGUCCACACAGCUCAGCGAUACUUCAUAUGUUCAUGUGUCUUGUUCUUCACAUCGUUCCUGUAUGUCUGCCUUUCUCCUCGCUUAACAGCAUGACCUCAGAUGACCUGCCAUGGGGGUGUAGGGGAGCCACGUGAGGCGCCUCGACUCUCGCUAUUGACCUCGUCGUGUGGCUGCUGAGCCCCUGGAUGAUGCUCAGAGGAGAGUUCAGGUGUCUCUUACUUAUUGUGUUAUGCUCAUAUGGAGACAUACUUUAUCACGACGCACCGCAAAUGUAUAGGAAACAACUCAAGAUUCCUCCUCAUCGUGUAGAGUCUUAGAGCAUUCCACUUGCGUAGCUGGUCUGACUGUUGUGCUACGACUUACGCAGAAGUUUGUAAAAAGAAAUUAUCGACUAUGUUUCACUCAACUUGACGCUGGUGUCGUUGGCCCCCAAAGUUAUCGCAAGAAGGAUAAUAAGGGAACUUCUCCGUGUUUACGUAUCCCUAGUUUUUCCUUGCUCUUGAGAUAACCAUUCUCCUGUCGACCUUCAUGAUUUUCGACAGUGGGGAAAAUCCACAUGAUAAGUGGAUGGUGACAUUAUGCAAAAGAAUGUCGCCAUUUUCCACCAUGUUGCCUCAAGAACAUAACUUUGACAGGCAGGCCACGACGCCAGGCUGGAGACGCUAAACACAAUUUAAACUUAAGGAUUUUCUUUUUUAUAUAAAUGGAUGAGUACAAUCUAGUCAGUUUGAUGUUUUAUAAUUGCCAAGGGAGAAUGUCAGUCACUCGACGCUUCUCCGUGUAAGAUGCCUAUGAAUUAUGAUAACGGCUUUCAAGCGUAUCGGUCGCAGAACCAGAGAUGCUUUUAGCAGUUCGCAGUGCAGAGCAGCUCUCUGGUCGGACGGUUCUAUGGUCCUACGGCUCCAUGGGAUCCACCGAAAGCUCCCUGUACUUGCGAAACAGCUGUACUUCAUGAAAAAUGAUGGUUGAUUUUCUUUUGUUUACGCUUGCUUGGCUUUCACAAGUAUGGAAGUUCUGAUGUGUACCCACGGCCGUGUUCGAAACCCGGACAGAGCCAAUCCGCAAGGACUUAGUUUUGGAGUGAUGUAUCCGCUCACAUCAAGGAUUUCAGGGUUAAAACUUGCUUUUUAGAAAUGGUUGCAGCUUUUUAAAGCGCGCUCCCUCUUCUUUGGAAUGGCACACUUUUAUUUCUGAGUGCAUUUUGUUUUUGUAAAAAUAAAGGAAUGUAUAUUAAUGCAGAGUUCCCCGUUACGCGUAUGUAGUUGUGUAGAUAAAAUAUUGGGUCUUAGAUAAUAUUGUUAACUACAGUUACAAAGCGUUUUAGAUGCACGUGAUAAGUGACAUAGAGUGGGAACACGAAGUAGUUAGUCAGUUAUCUUGUUAUCUCCAGUCUAAUAGGGUUAAAACAUUGACGAUUCAAGUAUUUUUAUGUUAUGUCCGUUGAAAAUCAUUUCAUUUUGAUCCUGGUAACAAGGUGAUUCUUUUUAGUAAUGUAUCGACGAUAGCAUCUGUGAUUGGAUAACUUUGUAUAUGUUGAUUACUGUCAUAGGCUUCCUUAUGUAACCCUAUGUAAUAACAGGCAAACGUAGGGAGUGUUUUAAUAAACAUGUGAAAGUUUUUUUUUCCGAAAA